AUGUCGGCGAAGAAACGCGGAUUCUCGCCCGAUUUCAGCGACAGCGGUGUGACUGCAUGGGGAAUCUCCCCCGACACGCCUGACGCGUUCGGCUUAGCGAUCGUUGAUGCAGCGGGGAGCUCGUCUGGCGGUGGCCCACGGUUUUUGUCGCUAUCAGGAAGUGCUGAUGCAGGAGGAGCUUCAAGUGACGGGCAGAGUGACGACCUGGAUGCCGACGGCGCUGACAUGCUUUUGCCAUUUGCGAUCGGGGAGAGAUCGUCAAUUGGAUCAAGCGGGACUACAGCUGCCGACUCAGUCUCAACGGGUGCUGGCAGCGCGCUAAACCGUUCGUCGGGCGCGUCGUUGGAUACGGCGUCGGUGGGGAGCUUCCUGCACCAGAUCAAGAACGCGCCACGUUUAAGUAAGUCAGCGUCUGCCCUCACUCCAUCGGCACCAGACGGAGAAUCGGAUAAAGCAUCGGAUGAUAAGCCACCAGCCCCAGCACCGACCUCGGUAUUCGACGAUGAACUCGCAGGGUUUCGCAGCUUGCGGGACGAGGUGUGA